GCAAAAUAUUGUUGGAGAAAAGAACAAGUAAAUUUUCCAUGAAAAUGUGGAUCUUGAUGCUCUGAAAGCACAAAUUUUCAACACCAAGAACCAAACUUUUAAGGUGACGCAAAUAGAAGAGUCUCGAUGGAGUUAGCAGACAGAGCUGUUGGGCUGCUUUUAACACUGACUAGUUUGUCCAUUUUCACAUAUUACACCUUCUGGGUUAUCAUUCUGCCUCUUGUUGACAGCGAUCAUUUCGUGCACAAGUAUUUUCUACCACAAGAAUACGCGAUUCUCAUUCCUGUAUAUGCUGCAAUGGCACUCAUCUGCUUCUUGAGCGUGUUUGUUGGAUACGUCAUGCUCAAAUCCAAGAAGAAGAAGGCAUGAUGUGACUGCGGCAAGUCCAUUUUUUGCUCUAUCGAGUUCAUGAUAAUUGAUAAUCCUUACCUUUUUAACUCUCCUCAUUUUGACAGCCCGAGUCGUAGUUCCAUUGAUUUUUCGAUAUUCUUGAGUUAUACUACAAUUUGGAACCUCUAGGAUAUGUUUUUUAGUUGUCAGUAGUAACUACAUACAACACUAAACAAAAAUGGUUGAUUUAUUUUCUUGUUAUUAACUUGGAGGUGUGUAAAAGACUUUGAUCAAUGAUAGUUUUACAAAACAAGUCUUUUGGUCUCGA